AUGACCGACAACAGGGUUCAUUUCUGGAGGAGAAACCCAAAGGUUCCCGGAAGCUUACAGCCAGUAUAUGGAGCACAGCACCCUCCUCUGGACCCACGCAGACACCGUCCAUUAAAAGAUGCUCCAAAGGCCAGCAGUGUGAACACCAAAUCCAAAAAACCUUCCACUUUCCACGAAUUUGCUCGGAGCACCAAUGAUGCAUGGGACAUUGAUGAUGAAGAGGAUGACAGUAUGUUUAGUCUUAAACAGCUCUCAUCUUCACCUGUCCAAUCACGAUCCAUGCCUCAAACAACCUGCCUCAAAAUCAUCAAAACCCCAGAAGACACAGAGCCACUGCCCCCCACACUGGACCGGCAGGAACCAAUCAGCACAAACCCCAAUCAAGAUCGACUGGAUAUAGAAAGCGGUCCAGCCAAUGGCAGGGUGGUAAAGUCCAGUAGCGACGCCCAGCUGAAUGUUAAUGCAGCUCACAAUACCCUGCAAAAACAGCAGUCACUUCCUGUGCGGCCCGUCAUUCCAUUGGUUGCCCGCAUUUCAGACCAAAAUGCCUCUGGAGCUCCGCCCAUGACGGUGAGAGAGAAGACUCGAUUGGAUAAAUUCAAGCAGCUACUUGCCAGUCCCAACACAGACUUGGAGGAGUUACGGAAGCAUAGUUGGUCGGGAAUCCCUCGUGAAGUUCGGCCAGUCACCUGGAGACUCUUAUCGGGCUAUCUUCCAGCCAAUAGAGAACGAAGGGAUCUGGUUCUCCAGAGGAAGAGGGAGGAGUAUUUUGGCUUCAUCGAACAGUAUUACCACUCCAGAACAGAUGAGAAUCACAAAGAUACAUACAGACAGAUUCACAUCGAUAUCCCGAGGACGAACCCUUUGAUUCCUUUGUUCCAGCAGCCGCUGGUGCAGGAGGUGUUCGAGCGGAUUCUGUUCAUCUGGGCCAUCCGUCACCCCGCUAGUGGAUACGUGCAGGGCAUUAAUGAUCUGGUCACUCCCUUUUUUGUGGUCUUCCUCUCUGAAUUCGUGGAGGAAGACGUGGAAAAUUUCGAAAUGGCAAGCUUGCCUCUGGAUACGCAACGAAACAUUGAAGCCGACAGCUUUUGGUGCAUGAGCAAAUUGCUGGAUGGGAUACAGGACAACUACACAUUUGCCCAGCCUGGGAUUCAGAUUAAAGUGAAGGCGCUGGAAGAGCUCGUUAGCAGAAUAGAUGAGGAUGUCCACGUGCACUUUCAGAAGUGUGAGGUGGAGUAUCUGCAGUUUGCUUUCCGCUGGAUGAAUAAUCUGCUGAUGAGGGAGCUGCCGCUGCGCUGUACCAUUCGCCUGUGGGACACCUACCAGGCGGAGUCGGAGGGAUUCUCCCAUUUUCACCUCUACGUGUGCUCUGCCUUCCUCAUCAAAUGGCGCAAAGAGAUCCUCUCCAUGGUGGACUUUCAGAGCCUGCUAAUGCUCCUGCAAAACCUUCCCACAAUACACUGGGGCAACGAAGAGGUGGGUUUGCUACUGGCGGAGGCCUACAGACUCAAAUACAUGUUCGCUGACGCUCCGAGCCACUACAAGAGAUGAGAACCCGUAAGCGGACCGCGGCGCGACCCUGCGAAACCCAGACGAUGAUCCGACCUAACAACGGAUCAGUCCAAACGGCUCUUUGCUCGGUUUAAUCUGACACAGCAAAGAUAGAGCUCAACAAUUUUCUCCAAUGACGUCAAAUUUGUUACAAUUCACGAUCAAGAACGAGACGCCGGGUUAAACAACCACGGACAAAACGGAUAUUUUGUAAAAAACCUCCCAGAUAUCUUGAUGGCUGACAGUUAAAUUUGCCUGCAGAUGACUUCAGAAGAUAACUGACAGUGAGAUGCCGAGGAACAGAAAGCGAUUAUCAAACUGAAAACAGAAGGACUUGGCAUCCUAGGCUUCCUCGCAUCUUCCUCUAUUUGUUACCUCAGAUGUGGAGCAACCACCUCUCGUUUUUAUUUCUUGACAUAUCCUCUUUUUUUUUUUUUGUCCUCCCUCGCCGAUGUUCUCGUGUUUUGUGUUAUUAGACCAUAAUGUGAUCUCCUUGGCCCUUUUGCUCAUUGCCACAUUGAUUGUACCACACGCAGGUACACGGGUCGAUUCCCAUCCGUAAUCACUCUGCGUUAUUGAAGCUCUGCAAUACAUGAAACUAUGGCAGUCGUAUAGGGUCAUUUCUCAAGAGGCGCGGCUGAGCGUUUCGAAUUCGAAGAAUCAAUAUGCAACCGCCUGAGCAAUGUGUUUGGGUUUUUAUGUUUUUUGAAUCGCAAGGCUGUGAAUUUUAACAAUCCUUAAACAGUGGCUUUGUAUGCGUAUGAAGCACAAUUAUUUCUUAGAAAAUUAGUACUUUUAGAGCUUUAGUAUUAGCAUUCGACUACUACUGAGGUAACGUUUCAGCACAGACGGCCGAAUCAAACUGCGGUGAAAUAUUAAUAUGGCUUUAUAAAGAAUGAAUCGGUGUGACGUGAGGUCAGCCUAUGAGACCACAGGACUGGAGUCGUGUUGAAAGGAAACUACUGACUUGGAGGCAGACUGAAGGGUUUUGGUUUUCACUGUGUGGUACUGAAGCGUGGAUGGGCGGUACAUAAACAAAUCCUAAUCUUAAAUACUGCUGGAGAACAGCAGAUGGAAUCUCAAAGCACUGUGAAAAGGCAUCUACCAUUCGCACGUCCAUUCGAUCUCCCAGGGCAACCAAAUUAUGCAGAUGUUUAUGCUAAUCAGAUGUAGAUGAUCUGAUUAUCUCCCUUUUCCCUUUGAACCCUCGUUUCACCUUUCGGUGUAUUUAUUAACUCCAGGCUGAUACGUUUUGAUUGGUGAUUAAUUGUUCAUUUUCUGAAUCUUUCCGAACUAGAUGUGAUCUUUAUAAAUCGGCGUGUAAUGCGAAAUGAAUGACUCUGACUUAUCAAAAGCAAAUGUUUUCAUUAAAAUCUCUAAUUAUUUCGUAUAACUCGGACCAAAACCCAGCAUGGAUAAUCUGAAUAAUAAAUUAAAUAAGUGUCUUUCUGCUUUAAUUAUUGAAGCAAGUGGAGUGUAUUGAUUAGAUGGAGUUGUCAGAAUCGGUUAAAAGUGAUGCCGUUGAACUUCAAGCUCAGCGCUGUGGAGUUUGCUGAUGUUAAACGCUUUAAUAAUGUACAUUUUGUCAGCUCGCUGUCCUUAUUCAUCCGUCAGUGACAUUUGAAACCACCUGCGCCAUACGGUCUCGCUGUUACAAUCUAUUUUUGAUGAAGCGUUUGCGGUGCUGCACUCUUAUUUUGAAGUGAACUGGAAUGUUUUUUUUUUAUUUCUGUGUUAUGGCUUUGUCUUUGCAUAUAUUAAUGAGCUGAUAUUCACUCCAGAGAUAAUUAGUUUGAUCGUCACCUUUUUAAAGUGCGCUAAUGAAGGGGUGACUUAUUGUCGAGGGUUGAGAUGGCUGACCCAGGUGAGGAAAUGGAGCAGUAAUUAUUCAUGAGACGCAUUGAGUAAACUUCCAGAUUAGCUCCCGCUUUUAGUCUUUUGAAUGUUGUAAAUGUCUGAAUUGAUUGUAUCUUGUUCAAGUCAACAUGAAAUCAAAAUGGACACCAUUUGCUUUAUUAAUACACAUUGCUGGUCUUAUUGUGUGCGGUUCGUCGGUGCACACAAAAAUCUUCUGCCUCUUUCUCCUGAUGUCAAUUAGGCUAUUGAAUAAUGUUAACCAGUAAGAUGCUCUUGAGGGUGAACAUCCAUGUCUCCAUGUCCGGCUCUCAAAAUGUGGGUUUUGUGCAGACCUCUAUCCCCCUUCCUCAAUGCAAAAGUCAAAAGUGUAGCUUCCCUUAAUCAGUUAAUGCUGUGCCAAGUUGUUUGUUUCCUAACCGAAGGCUAAUUGAAAGGGAAAUAUUUAAUUGAACCAUUUUUAGAUUCAGUAAUAUAAUGUGAUAUUUAAGAGUAUUAAGAAUAAAUACACUACCGUUCAA